AUGGAACUUAAAGGAGCUUUUUCUUAUUUGAUUCAAAUCCUCUCUAAUUAUAUUUUAGAUAAUUCAAUUCUACUCAAACUAACUUAACUAAGAUCGUUAUUAGAUAAUAAAUAAACCAAAGAAUUAGAAAUUAAAAAGUUCAUUGUUUCUAUUGGAUAAAUAUCAUUACUAUCAAAUUAAAGUAAAGAAACAAAGAAUUCUGAUAACUAAAUCUUAAUAUCAAAAUAAAAAUACCUAUCAAAAUAGUAAUCAAGAUUUCUAUCUUUAAUCAAUAUUCUCUAACCACUUAAUUAAAAUUAAUCUCCCAUUAAUUCUAAGAUUCAAAGAUAAACCAAUACACAUAGAUCUUUAUCAAACAAUUCUAAUGAUGUUCAUAAAUUAAAUGAUAGACUUAUUACUUAAAUAACUGAUCGAGUAAAAAAUUAAAAGAGAUAAUUUAAUAUUCCAAAUGUCUUUAUUAAAACUUAUGAAGACUAUUCAAGUAACAAUUCCCCUAUUUAGAGUCCAAUUAACAUAUAUAAUUCAAUCUCUAAUUUUGGUUCCAUAAAAAAUAUUAAAUUAGAAUUGCAAAAAACAUCAAUAUUUUAAAUUAAAACUACUCUAAUUGAUAAAUUGAAAUAUACUAUUUAAGACUUUAAUAAUAAUACAAUAGAAAUUCUUUCUUAAACAUAGAAUAAUUAACAAAGAGUUAAAGAUAAAUUUAAUAGAAAAGAAAUUAAUCCUUUAUUCAAAAACCAUAGAAAAUCUUCAGUAGAUGGAAUUAUUUUAUUUUGA